AUGCCAAAUUCCAACACGUCUGAUUUCGACGGCUCUCUCAGCAAUGAACCCAAACGGAUCGAAGGAAUAGUAGACGGCAACGACGAUGGUGAUAAUAGUAUGAAUAGGCCAGCUGCUGCGAAUGCCCCGCGAGCUCUUCCCGCGAUCCAGCUGUAUACAAUCGUCGCUGCAGUUUCACUGGCCGGGUUCCUCUAUAGCCUGGACGUUACAAUUAUUACGACUGCCAUUCCCGCCAUCACCACUCACUUCCACACCAUCAAAGAUAUCGGCUGGUACGGAAGCGCCUACCUUAUAACCUUGUGUUCUUGUGCACCCGUCAUGGGCAAGAUUUACCAAUACUACUAUUCGAAGGUCGUCUUCUUCAUAUUUGUAGUUAUUUUUGAGAUCGGCUCCCUGAUCUGUGGAGUGGCACCAUCGUCAACUGCAUUUAUAGUUGGCCGAGCAAUCGCUGGAAUCGGAGGCGCUGGCCUCUUCAACGGGGGAUUAGCGAUCGUCGCAGCCUCCUCCACGAAAGAGCAACGUCCGAGUCUCGUUUCUCUGGUAUACGCAUUUUCCCUACUAGGAAUGGUGAUCGGUCCCAUAAUCGGAGGGGUGUUCACGGAGAGGGUUUCUUGGAGAUGGUGCUUCUAUAUCAAUCUCCCAGUUGGUGGGAUUACGUUAGGCGCGAUCACUCUCGUCCGCAUUCCAGACACCAGGGACAAGUCCAAGACAGCUGCUACCUUGUACGAAGCAAUUAAUCGGCUUGAUCCUAUAGGAUUCUGCCUCUUUGCGCCAACCUGCAUUAUGCUUUUGUUGGCCCUCCAGUGGGGUGGCUCGACGUACGCCUGGAGUUCAUCCACUAUAAUUGGCCUUUUCGUCGGCUUCGGAGCCCUCUUGACUGUCUUUUGCGUGUGGGAAUCACGACGCGGGGAUUCUGCAAUGAUACCGGGAUCUAUUCUACGCCAGAAGAUAGUUUACUCCUCAUGCCUUAUCAACGGGCUACAAUUCGCCUCCCUCUGGAUAUUUGCAUACUACUUGCCUGUCUGGUUCCAAGUAGUUAAGGGCGCGUCUCCAAUCAUAAGCGGCGCCUACUACAUGGCCACUGCCGGACCGCUAAUAGCAGCGACGAUGCUCACGGGGUUUAUAGCUAAGAAAGGAAAUACCUCUUUGUACUCUUUAAUCGGAAACUCAAUCGCGGCAAUUGGUUCAGGCCUGAUGGCCCUCUUUACCCCGUUCUCUCCGACAGGAGCUUGGGUUGGCUACCAGGUCUUAUCUGGCGUCGGCCGUGGUAUCACCCAACAGCAACCUGUCCUCGCAGUACAGCAGAACCUUGAGCCAUCAAAGAUCCCAAUCGGUGUGGCAAUGGUUCUUUUCGGACAAUUCUUCGGAGGAGGAUUAUUCCUAGCACUAGCAGAAACAGAUCUCAGUAGUUCCCUACGGUCAACACUCCCAGAGUAUGCUCCGGACGUCAAUGCCACCUUGAUUUUUGACGCGGGUGCUACGGGGGUAAGAGCUGUAGUUAGUAUCGACCAAUUGCCUGGAGUAAUAUUGUCAUAUAAUAAAGCUAUUAUCAACACGUUUUAUUUAGGUACCGCUGCGUCUGCAUUUGCUGCAAUAGUAUCUCUAUACAUAUUUUUUGAGCAUUUUAGGGUUACGAAACCUAGCAAGUAA